CAUGUGAUCCAAAAUAGUCCUUGUGCAAGAUCCCAAGGUAGCAGGGCUUAAGCAUUGCGAGGUUAAGGCAACGCUUUUACUUUUGUCUGAGGUGAGUCCACUCAAAGGGAAACUUCAGUUAUUUUACGUGUGCACAUGACUGUGUCUUUGUGCUGGGAAAAGCUGCAUUUCCAGUUGCAAGUUGAUAUCACCAGUCGUGUCUGACUGGGUAAGUCUGAAAUGGUGAAAAGCUUUCAUAUAUGAGGGACAUUUUGGGUUGAGAGGCAGGAUUUGCGUUUCUUUAUAUCUACUGGUGAGAUGGGUCAGCGGCUUAGUGAGGAACCGGACGACAAGGAGAUCGAUGUGGCUGAAUUGCAGGAGUGGUAUAAGAAGUUUGUGGUGGAAUGCCCAAGUGGAACUCUCUUCAUGCAUGAGUUCAAGAGCUUCUUUGGAGUAACCAACAACCAAGAGGCUGCAGACUACAUAGAGAACAUGUUCCGUGCGUUUGAUAAAAAUGGGGACAACACUAUUGAUUUCCUGGAAUAUGUUGCAGCUUUGAACCUGGUACUGAGAGGCAAGCUGGAACAUAAACUGAAAUGGACCUUUAAGAUGUACGAUAAAGAUGGAAGUGGCUGCAUUGACAAAACAGAACUGAAGGAGAUUGUGGAGUCAAUCUACCGAAUGAAGAAGGCAUGCCAUGGGGAGCUGGAUGAGGAGUGUAACCUGCUUUCCCCAGACCAGGUGGUGGACCGGAUAUUUGAGCUGGUGGAUGAGAAUGGAGAUGGGGAGCUCUCUCUGGACGAGUUCGUGGACGGCGCACGGCGUGACAAGUGGGUCAUGAAGAUGCUGCAGAUGGAUGUGAACCUUGGAGACUGGAUCAAUGAGCACCGCCAACGGAGCAGCAACUUGUGAAACGCCAUCAGCGCCCCUGGCGACCCUCGCGCGCGCGCGGUUUCAUUCAGCCCACUCGCAGCUUGUGAUUCGCCAGCAGAUGCCGAUAGUUCUGGGGAAGACGGGCGAGAGGAGAUGCAUGAGGAUGCAAAGUGAGGCGUAAGCCCGUCUCCCCUGAGGAUCAAUUAACUUUUCAGAGAGUGGCGGAAGACGCGCAGGGAUUUUCUGGCGCUUAUGCCCCUUCUUAUCCCACUGCUGUUCAUCUGUACGGCUUCAGAUGCUGCAUUCCUCGCUUUCCCAUUUCCAUGUAUUUAAUUCCACUUGUUUUGGACUCAGGUUGCAAACUACUGCAGUUGAAUUUUAAAGCCUCAGGGUUACAUAUUACAAAGAGUUAUUCAUUAUCCUCACAUGACAAUGUCUCUAUAUCAUGCCAAGUUCAAACAAGAAGUAUGUUGUCUGUAUAUAUGUAGCAAAGGUGGAGGGCAGUGACCCCACCCGGGUCUCGAGCCUGGGUCCUUCAGGCAAUAAACACAUGGCCUGACCAGUCACGUUAGAUCUCCUCGGUGAAACAGGCUAAAUGAGGAACAGACGGAAGCACAUAUUCACCACUGACAUUACGUCUACAUAGUUCUACUCAUCUACUUAAAACCGUCUAAUAGACUGGAGUAGCAUUUAGCAUAUGAAAAAAGACAGGACAGGUUCACAAGCUGCCUACUCCUGCUGUAAGUUUAAAAUCCUUCAGCUAGUGGAGAUACAAACUCCAUCAUACAAACAGUAGUGUUUUACAUAAUAUAUUGGCUAACCUCAGGA